AUGACAGUUGGAAGCCAAGACUCCGGGAAGCGCAGUCACCACUGUGGCGCUUGGGUUUGGAUUGUGACAGAGCAGAGAGCACUGAAAAGCGGGAUCCUUGCCAAGAUCUGUCUCAUGAAGUUCAGAAAAACAUUCAUUGCCCUGAGCUUCAUCAACGCCAUCCUGCUCACAAUCAUCUUCAUCUCUCCCUACUGGAUGGUGCAUUAUUGCAUAGGGGGAGAAACCAUUGUUGGCUUGUGGACCUUUUGCUAUUUGUCAAGAUGUAUGACCCCAUUUGCUGGCACAGCAAAUAUGGAAGCUGCCAGAGCCCUUAUGAUCAUAGCCCUUGGAAGUGCUUUCACUGCCUUGAUUACGUUGUGGGAUCUUCUUACGCAUUUCUUGAAAAGGAAGGUACCCGAGCUCCUGAUUUCUUCUGCAGCGAACUACCUGGAAGGAGUUUGUCUCUUCUCUUCUAUGGUGAUUGUGUACUCCACACACCUAAUGGUCGGUGAAAAAGAAAUCAUGCACCUAACACCAGACUGGGCUUUUUGCAUAGGCUGUGUCACCUGUUCUCUGUCCAUCAUUUUGGGUACAUUCAAGUACAUGCAGCACAAGUACCAGAGAACCCGAGUAAUGCCGCUGAUGAGAAGCGAACUAUCACUGUGCGACCCCCUUGAGCCUCCCCUGUAGACUGUUGCUCACCACCACCACAGUCAAAGCCAAACAUGGGGUCCUGGAGUCUGAUUGGACAACACACAUUCUAAGUGAUGAUGUCACUUCAGACAGAGCCAAUCUGGAUCUGGAAAGGGACUCCGUGAGAGCCCGGAUUGCAUCGUGGCAACUUACCACGUCUCAGAUUCAACCACCAGACUUCCCUGUUGAAGCUAUUGAAAUCAUCCGUCACAGGGAUGCUUUCUCUGCUGUGUUGAACAACACAUCGUUUCUGCCCCAAAUGGAAUCCCCGCCCCUCCAUUUCCAGGACAAUGUUGCUUCUCUGUUUCAAGCUGCUAUUUUUCAUAGCACCGUUAAAAAUAAAUCUCUUAACAACCA